AUUGAGCUCUUGUACACGCGCAUUGCGCAGUAUAUUGCGAUUAUGUUUUUCGUUUGUCAAGAUGGCCGUCUUAUGUUGUGAAAAAAAAAAUAUUUUCGAACCUUUGACAACUUCAGUUUGAUUGCGUUAAUGAAUGCUUGAAUAUAUUUUUAAAUAAAAAGCUUACAUUUUAUAUUUUGAAUAUGGCUUGGUCUAUGCCUACGGGUCAAUGGAAUUCCGGCAUUUCCAUGACGCCAGAUAUUAAUAUAGCUAGUAUGGGAUCAUACACACCAGAACAGUGGGCGCUAAUGCAACAACAGAACUGGCAGCAGUGGGCACAAUGGCAACAACAGUAUGCUCAAUGGCAAAGCCAGUAUGGUGACAAGUAUACUCAGCAUAUGCAAGCCCUUCAUGCUAUGAGCGGGAUACCACCUCCAGCUCCUAAUGCGGUUCCACCCCCAGCUCCACCUCCACCGGAAAAGCCUCCUCCACCACCACAUGAAAACAACCAACCUCUGUACGGAAAUACACCAUCGCAAACACAGUCUGUGUCACACACGCCCCAUCUUCCAUACUCUAAAGUUGGUUAUAAUGUGGUUCCUAAAACAGGUAACAAUUUUAAUCAAACUUCCACAAUAGAUUCCAUGUCCGAUUUACCGACCUCUCAGGUUGUAAACACGGAUGCGCUCAUGAAGCUAGCUGAGGAGGAGCGUUUGUUUGAUAUACAAUUUCAAAAAUGGGAAGAGGAAAUAAAAAAAUGGAAAAAUGAGAAUGUUAACCACCCCGAUAAAAGAGCUUAUAUGGAGUAUGAGCAAAAGUUUGCCAGCUGUCGUGCACAAUUGCUGGAGCGGCGUCAACAGAUGAAGCUGAAAAGAGAUAGUCUAAUGGGUGUUAAAGCCACACAGACAGCAAACACUACAAUUAACAGCGCAGGUAAUAUAUCAACAAGUAUUCCUCCACCUACACAAAAUAUUAACAAAACCAACUAUAAUACAAAUGUGCAAAACUCUCAAACAAAAAAUAAUGUUACCCAGAAUUACAUAAACCAAAAUCAAUCUCAGUAUGAGCCAAUUGGUCAUUUACACCAGACAAGUUUUAAUAGGAGUAAUAAAAAGCCAGAACAUCAAGACAGGUAUGAAUAUUAUGGGGAUAUGAGCAAUGAUUACACUACUACAAGUGACACUUCUAAUUUCUUACCCACAAAUGAUGCUUUUAACGGCAUACCGGGAUUAGACUUGGUACCAGAUGGUGAUAAAUCUGUACAAAAACAAUUAGAUGUAAUUGAUAUAACAGAAGACAGACAGAAUCAGCAACGGCAACAAAAUAUUCAAGCACCUGACUAUUCAAAAAUAUCUAAAGGGAUUAACAACAUUCUUGGGGAUGAAAAGAUUAUGAACAUACUUUCUAUGAUGAGCAGUCAGAAUACUAGGAACGAAAGCAAAGUAGGUUCAGUUGGUUCUCACAGGCAAGAGGUGAAUACUCAGUCUGGAAGCUUGCAAUAUAGUGGAAAUAAUAGCAGCUACCAUGGAAAUAAUUACAAUAAUAUGCAACCUCGGAACACGCCCUAUCAACAGUCAAGUGAGAAUUAUACUAAUCAAGCUUCAAGUUCUAGUUAUACCGAUCCUGAUUACCAGCGAUAUGGGGGAUCCUCUAACGAACAAAAUGAAAAUGUAAGAAGUAAUGAUAUGGAUAAAAACUAUGAAUACAACAGACUUGGGAAUCAAAAUAUACAACAAACUAGGUCUAACAUGCCAAGAGUUAUGCAAAAUUUACAUUCAAAGCAAAGUGAUUAUCCGCAAGGGGAUUUCGUAAGGAGGAUGGAUCUAGAUGUAAAACAGAUUCAGCCUUUAAAACCUAAAUGGGUCGAUGAACCUCUGUUCACACCCUCAAUAAUAGUUGAAUAUGAGCACAAACCAUUAAGAUUGAAAGCUCGAGAUUUUAUUGAGCCCGUGCACAUGUUUGAAUACAAUCACCAAUCUAAAGAUGGAGAAAGUUCGAAUAAGAAAAACUUCGAUAAAGAAUUAGAUGAUUUAUUUUCGAGGAAAAGAAGAGCAGACGAUGACUGGAGUAGUUCAGACAAAUUUUAUUCCAGAGAUUAUGAUCGGAGAGGUUUAAAGGAUGAUGCGAGAGAUAGAAAUCGACUGCGAGAUGAUCGUGACAUGUAUGAUAGAAGAAUUGAUGACAGAAGACGUGAUGACCGUGAUAGAUUUAGAAGAGAAGAGUAUGAUAGGAGAGAUAGAAUAGAACAAGAACGAUCCAGAGAUAUAGGGAGGGGGCGUGAUGAUAGAGACAGAGAUAGAGAUAUGGCUAGAGACAUGGGUCGAGAGAGAGAGUUGGGAAGAGAUAGAGAUUACACUAGAGAUAGAGAUAAAGAUUUCAAUAGAGAUAGGGAUACAAGAGAUAGAAGUAAAGAAUAUAGAAAAGAUGAAAGAGAUAUAAGAAAUCGUAGUCGAAGUCGUGAUAAAGAAAAUCGUAAAAGAGGACAUAGCAGAGAAACGGAAUGUUUUGAUAAUUAUGGAUUGAAAAAGAAUAGAGAUAUAAAAGAUGAAACGGUUCCAACGAAUAAGCCGAAACAUGUGGUGAUGAUAGAUGACCUUCUAGAGCCUCCGGGGCGCACCAUGAGACCGGACAAGAUGGUUAUAAUACUCAGAGGUCCACCGGGAAGUGGUAAAUCUUAUUUAGCUAAACUGAUAAGAGAUAAAGAAGCCGAGCACGGGGGCACGGCAAGAAUAAUGUCCAUAGACGAUUAUUUCAUGCAGGAAGGUGAAAUUGAAGAAAAAGAUCCCAUUACGGGAAAAAUUGUGAAGAAGCCGUCACUGAAAUACGAAUACGACGAGAGCUCCGAGGAAUCAUAUAUGACAUCACUAAAGCGGGCGUUCAAAAGGAGUAUCACGGAUGGCUACUUUACAUUCUUAAUAUAUGACGCCGUGAACGAUCAGUUGAAGUCCUAUGCUGAUAUUUGGAAUUUCUCAAGGCAGAAUGGCUUCCAGGUGUACAUAUGUACGAUGGAAAUGGAUCCCCAAGCUUGCUUCAAGAGGAACAUACACAAUAGAUCGUUGCAAGACAUAGAAGCUAUAGUUUCUAGUUUUUUCCCAACCCCAGCACAUCACAUACAGUUGGAUCCGACGACCUUACUCCAGAGUGCGUCCAUUCGGGAAGUACAAAUGGAAGACGCCGAUGACGUCACUAUGGAGGAGGUGGAAAACCCUGAGGUCGAUAAUAGUUUUACGUCGAAAUGGGAAAAAAUGGAAGACGCCGCCCAACUAGCUCGUCUCGACGGUACUAGUCGGCCGCUGCGCUCGUCCCAGCUCUCCAUGGAAGACUACCUACAGUUAGACGACUGGAAACCGAAUACGGCUAAACCGGGAAAGAAAACUGUAUAUCGUAAUGGUACAAGGAUUUGUGUGGUAAGAUUUUUGAAGGAUCCGAGAAUGUUUUGUGUUGGUAAUGUAUUACAUUUCAUUAUAUAUUUUUAGGUAAUAUCUAUACUUAAGCGAAAUCUAAGAAAUUUCAUAUCAGCGUACUCUUAAACUUGACAGGAGAUUAUUUUAUUAGUACAUAAUAUAUCACUAUAUAAAUUGAAUAUAUACAUAUGUAUGAUAAUAUCAAUGUAACAAAAAACAUAUAUUCUAUGAAUGGCAAUCACUAUUAAGCGAGCAGUUUUUUAUUGAUAAACUAAUAAAAUGAGAUUACAAUAACAAUAGCCGCGCAUUAGAUUUCAUAAUAUAGUCAUUUGUUAUGGUUCACAGGUGCUAGAUGAAAAGCUGUUUUCUCAGGGACAUCAUCCAACGAUGCUCAGGUAAAAAACAUUUGUCACACGACUAUGGUAAAUUUGCUAAAAAAAAUUUUGUGGUCUAUUUUAUUAGGACUUUUUUUCGUCUUUUAUAGCGUUUAUUUUGAGAGUUCUACACCCUCCCUUAUCACACGAAUGGUAUAUAGAGUAUAAGAUACCUCGAUAGAAAGCGAACCGCUUAUUUUAAUAUCCCUAAUUUCGUAAAUAGUUUUCAUUGGAUAGGUAAUAAACUUUUCCUUUUAAAUGACUACAUAAUCAUUUACGAAAUAAACUUAUCGCCUUUUCGAUAAUUAAAUUUUGCUAUACUUAACUAUAAUUCUCUUUUAGUAGAAAAAUAUAAUAAUGAUCUUAUCCAGUGGUGACAAAUUAGUAAUAAAAAAAUAUUUUAUUUCUAUCACCAAAACAAAUUCGUCACGAGGUAAGUACGCACUUUGAAAUAAAUGGUAUUUUUAGUUAUUUUUUUUGGUUUUAAUUCGUUUUUAUAAAUAAAAAUGCAUUAAAUAAAUAUCUAUUUCAUAAAAA